GGAGCGCAGGAGGAACUUAAGGCGAGCCAAACUGCGUUCAAGGAGAUAAGCGAGCAGGAGAGACGUAGAGCGAGUGAGCGUCGGUUUAGGGAAAGAACUGUGCAAGAGAUAGAUGCCCUUGUUCGAUCUGGGCUAGAUUAUAUUUGUGAACAAACUAUGGCAAGUGCAGCGAAGGUCUCAAAAAGGUAUUGGGUUGGGGCUACGAAUAUGUUCUUGUUCAUUAGAGACAUGGUGUUGUAUCUCGAGUUGCGUGCAGCCAUCAAAGGAGGGGAUAUUGGACGCAUCGAAGAGGUGCUGUAUUCAAUCACCAUCAUGUUCCAAGCGAAUGGUAGAAAGAAUUAUGGGAAUGAGCUUCUGAAACUGGCCUACGGAAUUCGGUGUCUUUGGUCGCCUGAGCUUAAGAAGGCUAUUAUGCGUUCGUGGCUGAUUAAUACCUCUGGUAGAGAUGAUGGGUGGGUCCCAGCUGACAUGUUUCAGGAACAUUCUAACCUUCUGAUUAAAUCAGUCCAUGCAGCUAAAGGCAGUAAUAUGAGCUGGGAGUAUCUUGCGCAUUCAAUCUCAAGGAACAUACACCUGUUUUCCAAGGUUGAUUCGAAGAUUGAUUCCGAGUUCAAUUUGUCUUUCAACAGCCAGGCUGAUUUUGAAGUAUCCAAGGAAGGCGACAUUCAAACCGUCAUAUCUGAACUUCAGCAUUUGGCAUUCUUGAACAUGAACCGCCUCAUGGUAUGAUUCCAAAUACAAAGCCUGUCAGGGAUCUCUAUGCAGAGGGACUCCAAAAGUUGGUCCAAGGGGGUGUUAGCAGACUUCAUGACAAUAACCCCGAGGCAGAUGAGCAUGGUGACAAUCUAGAGAACAUAUAAGUUCGAUG